CGGGAGGGAAGGAGGAAAGAUUACCCGCUCUGUCAAAUAUGGCGCCUCGCAUCCCUGCGGCAUGUGAUCAUCAUGGCGGUGGCUUCUCUGACGACAACGUGGCUCCCUCGCUUGCCCAGUUCGUGCCUGGAUCUCCCUAUGAGGCGUUCGUGCCGGGCACACAGCAGGCCAACACCACCGCCUCGCUUCAAUACGUGAGCCAACACAACAACAGUCACGCGACAAGACACUCGCCAUACCUUGCUGGGUUGUGUGGCCAGUCAUUGCGGUAUUUGCUACGACUGGCGGUCAUGUUGAUGGCGCAUCUGCUGUUUGUCACGAUCCAUGUCGUCAUGUGGCUCUGUGGCGUCAACCUCCAGACCUUCGGCUUCACUAUGGCUGACGGGACCAUCACUGCUCUGGCGCUACGACUGGUGUGCACGCGGCUCUUUUUCUCUUACCCCUGGACGCUGCUCGCCGACUGGUGGCUCUUGAGCAUCUGUGGGGCACGCGCGCCACGAUGGCGGAAUGCCGUCGACACGGUUGCGUUUGUGUCUGUGGCGGCUUUUCUGGAGUUCCGACACUGGGGAUAUCUGGUGUACUUCUUUGUACUGCAGUCCUGGGUCGGCUUUGCUGCCUCGAUGCUGUCGAAGCACGCCAACGGAGACCGCGCAAUCACUCUGAGAGUGCUGGCUUUCUUCCUAUGGUAUCCCUGCAGUCCGUUGCUGCUGCUGCUCACCGAUGGGUCUGCGUGGAUGGGCGUGCUGUAUAUCGCCGCGUGCCUCUCCUGGUUCACCUUUUACGUCGUCGCGGGCACACGGCAGCUGUACGAGGGGAGUCAGGAGAUCAAGGCCAUCAGCACCUUCAAGCUGGUCAUGAUUUUCCUGCCCGCCAUGCUGGUGCUAUCGGAAAGUCUGCUGCUCCACAACCGCAUGGGCAUACUCGACACACUGUUCUGUGCCAAUACCAAGGGCGAAAUGUCCGUGAGAUGCCUUGCCGGCCAAUUCGCUCCACGUGUGCCAGGUGUCGUGGUGUGUGUUUGUUGCUCAGAUUUGACGCGGACCUGCAAGCCACCGCAGCCGAGCUAUAACGAGAGGAGAAGGGAUAUACGUGCUGCCAGAUGGCGAGCGAGCGGGCGAGAGGGCGGAGGGGCUGUGCCCCUGGCAGGAGGACAGGCGCUUGCAAUGCGAUGUUGGCCUAAGUGGUGACAUAGCGGUGUGCGUCCGUAGCUGCUACCGUAUGAGUACUUACUUCUUUGUGUGUCUGCUCGCCAUCCGUGGUGUUGGCAUCUCUGUGUGUACAUAAUCGUAUCAAUCUUACAAACGUUCGUGCGUGCAUGAGUGGGCGGGGGAUGAACGGGACGGACAGCACAUGGUGAAAUGAAUCGAUUCACACGGGCUGGCCGAUUUGCUUGCAUGGGAGUAAAGACAGAC